AUGUCACCCAAUGUACAGGAGACGAAAGCCGGCGGGCGAAAGAGGUGCCACGGUGAAUUCGCUGCUGACAUGAUGAAGGUUGACGACGAGGGGCACACGAAGACACCACAGUCUACUUCUAUCAGGCCAUCUGGAGACAGCUUGCUCCUCCCUCGGGCGCGAACAGAACUUCAUUCUUCACCAGAAAGGUCAUCGCCACUUACCGAGGAUGGAAGCAGCACUCCCGCCCGUAACUCUCCAUCUCCCAUUACACCAACAGAGACAACCCUCGACGACAACUCUGAUGAUCGAAAAAAUCUAGACACGAUGGUGGCUUCUAGCAAAGGUGCGGCAUCAAAGCGGAAACGUCUCACGGCUGAGGAAAAAGUCGCCAAAGACAAGGAACAGGCUGAGAAGAAAAAGGAGCGUGAGGAACAAGCCGCCAAGAGAGCCGCCGAAAAGGCUAAGCAAGAAGAAGAAAAAGCUGUCCGCGCCAAAGAACGGGAGGAGAAACGCAAACAAAGGGAAGAGGAGGAUCGCCUCAAAGCUGAGCAACGGGACGAAAGGAAACGGAAGAAGGAGGAAGAACAACGCCGCAUCCAGGAAGAAAAGGACAGAAAGGCACGGAGUCAGCCAAAACUUAAUGCGUUUUUCAAGAUUCCUAAUACGCCAAAGAAGUCUGCCAACGGCAGCAACUCUGCUGUCGGAAGCCCUACCAAGGCCACGGGUAGUGAUGCGCCUGCCAAGCAAAUGGAGACGGAGUAUGAAAGACUGUUCAAGCCCUUUUUUGUGCGGGAAAAUACUCGCCUAGCCCCUUCAGCAACACAGAUGGAUGAGGAAACUAGAGAGGCCAAGUCUCGAAUCCUCGACAAGUUUGUUGCCAGCCAACGGGACACGGACAACCAAGAGCUCCCACGAUUUGACCCUGUAGAGGCACUGCGUCUCCCGGCAAGACCUCCUAGACGCGGUCGCAUUCAUCAUCCUGUUAAGCACAUAAUGGAGACAGCUUAUAGGGAGGCUGAUGACUCGAACAUUGUUGGCGCUGCUGGUGCAACCAGCAUAUUUCAGGAGGCUCGGCAGAAGCUGGCCAGCAUUCCUCAAAAAGUGAUUGCAUUUUCCCACGAUGUCCGACCUCCUUACUAUGGUACAAUUACAUUGAAGUCUUAUGCCUUGGGGCGGGAUGCAAUGACUAAACUUGCUCGCAAGCCUACAAGGCGACGACUGCCACUAGACUAUGACUAUGAUUCAGAAGCUGAAUGGCAAGAGGAAGAGGGCGAAGACAUUGACAUGGACGACGAUGAAGAAGAGCUUGAUGAUGAUGAUGAUAUGGAUGGGUUUCUGGAUGAUGCCGAUGAUGCCGGACUCUCCAGGCGUGUAUUUGGAAACACGAUGGAGCCCGAAUGUACGGGCGUUUGUUACGAGAAUUACCAUCGCCUUAGCCCCAACCCAACAGUAUAUGAACACAAGAUGGAAUUCAUUCAUGGUAAGGGCUGCUUUUAUUAUCCUAGCUUGAUGUCCAAUACUGACAGCGAGCGAACAGAAGGACUGGAACAAACGUGGGGCAUCGAUCCUUUCUCAUCCCAAUAUUGGGAACCAGAGGUAAAAGCACAGCCAGCCAAGGUUUCACUGUCAGCACCUGAAAGCACCGCGAAGAUGCCACCACCCCCUGCGCCAACAAAUGCUUUCGCCGCGCUUGAUGGCGGCACCGCAAACGUAGCGGCUCCCACGAAACUAGUGAAGGCAGAGCUACUCAAUGAUUUCAAAAGAGCCAUACUGGAUAACAAGGCAUUAUCAAAGGUUGGAAUUAUUGACUUCAUAUUCCAUCAGUUUCGCAACAGCGUCUCCCGCGCCGAAGUGAAAAAUACCCUGGAGCACGUGGCUGAGAAGAAAGGAGCUGGUCGAUCAAAGGAAUGGGACCUAAAGCCUGGGCAUGAGAUUGUGCUGUGA